GUUUUAAAAGAAGCCAUGUCCGCAAGGAUUUGUGGGAAAAGGGUGGGAUUUGAAGAACUAUUCGGAUCCUCUUCCAAGAGAUUCAGGUGUUCCAGUUCGGAUCCUGGGUCCAGACCCGAUGACCCGGUUUCAACGUUCUCUGCUUUGGAUCAUGAGUUAAUAACAUCCGUUGUCCGAAACCACGACAAUUCCGAUACUGAUGAACGAAAUAAACAACAUAAUUUUGAUAUUGUGAGAACUGGAAAUUGUACCGAUGAUACUGCUACAUGUAGCCAAAUCUCAGGCUACAAUGUUGAGUGUAACGGAAAUGCAGUUGAUUCUCCCAAGUGGACGGAUUUGUUUGUGCAAGAGAUGUCGAGUGCGGCAAGUAUAGACGAUGCUAAGGCCCGUGCUGCUAGGAUUUUAGAAGCCUUUGAGGGAAGCGUUGUUGCCAAUAAAAGGGCUGCUGAAGAGAUCAAGCAUGCUUCUUUGAAGGAACAUUUGCGGAGCUUGUUGGAUAACAAUCAAAUUCUGAGGAGAUCUGUUGCCAUUCAGCAUGAACGCAACGUCGAGCAAGAAGGAAAGGAAACAGAAGUACAACACUUGAAGCUCAAGCUCAACCAGUGCAUCGAACAAGCUCGAACUUUAGAGCUGAACAACUACACAUUAAGGCUUCAUCUUCAGAGGACACAACAAAGUAGCUCAAUUAAUGGCCAACUUCCCCCCGACAUAUUCUAAAAGCUUUCAUUGUGUUAUCAGAACUUAAUGGUUAUGAUUCUACUAGUAUAUCGUUUAUGUAAACCGACGAAUGACAUGAAUUUGAUCCUGUAUUGCAGCAGUGAGUCACGGUAAUCGUUUUUAAAGCAAGAAGGUGAGACCAUCUCCUAUACUUGAGAAGAACAAAAGGCUUAUUUCCAUUAUUGCAGAGUUGUUUUCGUAUUGAGCCAAGGUGUUUUAAAUUGUUAAAUGAUCGAAGAUGAGAAACAUUCAAAGUUGUUCCAUCAUAUGCUGCAACAUCUAUUUAACUGAAGCUCGUACGAGUAAAGAUCAAUUGUUUUCGUAU